CGUCAUCGUCUCGCGCGACGUGACGUCAUCGUCUCGCGCGACGGGUCAAAGUUGAAGGCUUCUCUCGCUUCUGGUUGCGAUGUGUUGUUGAUUUUUGUUGUUCGUCGUUUGUUUUUAUCUCUCUCGCUCUCUAUCCUCGGGCUAAAUUACGUUUUCGCCAUGGGGAAGUCGUUCGCUAACUUCAUGUGUAAAAAGGAUUUCCAUCCUGCGUCGAAGGAAAACAUCAAACGGGUAUGGAUGGCAGAGCAAAAGGUCGCGUUCGAGAAGAAGAAACAAGACGAGCUGCUUACGCAAUACACCAAAGAGCAGGAGAUUUAUAAUAACCGGUUACUCAUGGGAGAUGAACGUGUGAAGAAUGGACUAAACUUCAUGUAUGAGGCACCACCAGGCACCUACAAAGAAGAGGAAAAGGAGACGGGAGGAGAAAAGGAGUACAAGUUUGAGUGGCAGAAGGGGGCUCCGAGAGAAAAGUACGCAAAGGACGAUGACAAUAUUCGCGACCAGCCUUUCGGAAUUCAGGUGCGGAACGUUCGCUGCAUCAAGUGCCACAAGUGGGGCCACGUGAAUACGGACCGCGAGUGCCCUCUCUACGGCCUCUCCGGCAUCAAUGCCACAUCCGCCACUACUGAUGAGCCAGAGCCGGCCAUGCACCCAUCUGACCUCAUGGUGGAGAUGAGGAGCAGCGGAUUUGCGCUCAAGCAGUGUGUGCUGGGCAGGAAGGGUGAUGCUGCAGACCCCUCACAGCAAUUGAUCGAAAGUGAGGAGGAUGAAGACCCAGAAGUGGAGUUUUUGAAGUCACUGACGACGAAGCAGAAACGCAAGCUGCUCAGGAAACUCGACCGCCUUGAAAAGAAAACAAAAAAGGAUAAGAAGAGGAGGAAAAACAAGCAGAAGAAGAAGAGCAAGGGGAAGAAGAAUAAACGCAGAGCAGAGUCGAGCUCCGACGACGCCGAGAGCUCAGACUCCCAGUCCGACACCAAAAAGAAGAGGUGCAAGCAUCAGAAACAUAAGAAAAGCAAGUUACCAUCCAACGACGGCAGCAGCACCUCGUCAUCGUCGUCGUCGUCGUCGUCAUCUUCAAGCUCCGGGUCGGAGAGUGACGCGGAAGAGGAGAGCGCUCGCAAGAAGCGGAAGGGAGAAGCGGAGUCACGAAGCGCGGAACCACCGCAAAGCACGGACGGCAGGCGGAGCAACGGUGCGAUGGAGCAACUUGCUGGGUCGUCGCGGCACGACCAGGGAGGCGCGAGCGGCAGUCGCUGGCCGGGGUUCCGGGAGCCUGGGGUGGGUGGCAGAAAAUGGGGCGAAGGAGCGGGAAGCCAUCGUAGGAUUGAAGAUGGGCGCAGGCACGGAGAAGGUGGCGGUGAGGAGAAAGAGGGGAGACACGUGGGCGAGGGGAGAGACAGAGGAUACCGGAGGGAUGGUAAAAGCAGGGGUGAGGAUAGAGGGGGGAGAGUCAGGGGUGAGGAUAGAGACGAUAACAAAGGUGAGGAUAGACAGGGGAGAGACAGGGGUGAGGAGAGAGACAAUAACAAAGGUGAGGAUAGAGAGAGUAAAUACAGGGGUGAGGAUAGAUGGGGGAGAAGCAGGGGUGAGGAGAGAGAGGAUAAACAACACAGGGGUGAGGAUAGAGAGGGGAGAGACAGGGGAGAGCAGAGAGAGCGGAAACACAGGGGUGAGGAGAGAGAGGGGAGAGAUAGGGGUGAGCAUAGAGAGAAUAAAAACAGAGGUGAGGAGAGAGAGGAUAAACACAGGGGUGAGUAUAAACAGGGGAGAGACGGGAGAGAGCAGAGAGAGCGGAAACACAGGGGUGAGGAGAAAGAGGGGAGAGACAAGGGAGAGCAGAGAGAGAAUAACCACAAAGGUCAGGUUGGAGAGCGGAAGAGAAGCAGGGAAUGAGAGAGGAGGCGUGGGAGGAGCAAGCAUGGUGCGAAGACAGCGGGGAGAGGCGGGCGAUGUCGAGCUUCGGGGGUGACACGACUGCGAGCUAGGAUCGGUUUUGGGAGAGGAGGCCUUGUGUACGUCUGUACGUUGAACUUCUUUCGCACCGUACGUAACCAACCGUGCUAAUCGGAGGUGCGGGGUAAGGACAACAAAACUGGUGGCGGCAAACACGAAGCUGCAGGAGUCCGUGAUAAGGCGACGCCAAGAAAUGGUGACCGGAGCAAGGGCGAGAACCGACAACAGCAAUCAAAUAAUUGCUGGAUUAACACACUUGGCGUUUAUCUAAUUAGUGACCUCUGUACCGCGUGGGUUGCCACGGUCGUGCUCGGAAUAUUUUUCACGUCCUGCUGGGUCAUUCCGCUUGUAGUUUGGCAUUAUGGCCAUCGUCUUGCUGCAAGUCCUGGAAACUUCUUCAGGUCACAUCCCUCCUGAGAGCGUUUUCUUGUCACAGGGGGUUUUCUCAAGUGGUUCCUCUCAAUGUGUUCUUUCACAGCAUCGGCUCCACAAAUAUGACCCGUCUUCACGUGCCAAUCGCACGCGCAUUAGAUUGACAGGCAAUAUUGACCAUUUGAAGCUGGGUUGUUGAGUAAGAAGGCAACAGUCAAUUCCUGGCUGUAAAUCGCCUUGUGUGAUCCGUGGAGUGAAUGGAUUGUGCCCUUCCCUGCAAUGUACUCUGUGUUGGUGCUUAUUGGUUUGUAUUCGUUUGUGUUGUGAGGACAUGGAAUGUUACCCCGUAGGAACAUGCGGAUCAUGCAAAGUAGUGUAAAGUCUGAAUUGGAUGGAAGGAAGGUCAUACAUUAUAUGAUGGCUUUACUGACAGCUCUGUUUAUCCUAACACAACCGUGGUUUUCUGUCUUCGUUUUAAUUUCUAUUAAAGUUGUACAGAAAGUUCAUAUUUGUACAGAUUUAGCGAGUAAUCUUUGUGUAAAUGUACAACAUUUUUGGGGAAUUCAUACCUCUAGUAGAACGUGAAUUUAAAUUGUACCUCUGCAUAUUAUUUGGGUCUUUCGGUAAAGUCACGUAGAUAUGUUCAAAGAAAAUAACAAAAAAAUUACAAAUUAUUUUCUUUGAACCUAUCUACGUGACUUUACCGAAAGACCCAAAGAAUAUGAAUUCCUGCAGUCACGAAAGCUUUAAGUCAAGAUUUGUACCUCUGCAACUAAAAUGUGUAGUUGUGAAUGGUCGUAGCGUAUAGUACAGUAGUUUGUGGUCAGGACAAUAUCAAAGCACUAUCUUUGUAAAUAAAAACUUGUCCCCAGAUCUCAA